AGUACAUCCCAAUCUCAUACCUUACCUCUCUCCCGACUCAAGUUCGUACGUCGCCGGCGAUCCAUCAUCUCCGGCAGCUACUCUUAAUCGGCGGCGAUCCAUCAUCUCCGGCAGCUACUCUUAAUCGGAUUCAAACUCUGCAUUUCCCUAUCGUAUGCUUGAAUCGAAAAAUUAAAUGCGCUGAUGAGGAACAAGAAGCGAAACGUCGCUCCUCGUUGUAAAGCGACACCGUUGCUGGUGGUUCCGGGGAGUGGCGGUUCAGCCGAUGAUGGAGUUGUCAGUUCAACAGACGCGGAGCAGAAUCUAAAUCCGAAUUCGUCAAUUGAGCUCCGGAAGCCGCGGAACUGUAAGAUCGAAUCAUCGUUGGCUGAAUCGGAGGCUUCUUCUUACUCUGUAGCUAAGUUGGAAUGUGAGAAAGCAUUGACGGCACUCCGGCGUGGAAACUAUACAAAAGCCCUAAGGAUUUUGAAGGAAUUGUGUCCUCGAUAUGAAAAUACUUCUCAUUCUGCUCUGAUUUAUCGUGUUCAAGGGACUGUUUGCGUUAAGGUAGCUUCGAUUAUUAAUGAUAUAAACACAAAACAACGUCAUUUGAAAAAUGCAACAGAGUCUGCAAGGAAAGCAGUUGCAUUAUCGCCAAACUCUAUUGAGUUUUCUCAUUUUUACGCAAACUUGUUGUAUGAGAUUGCUAAUGAUGGGAAGGAGUACGAGGAAGUUGUGCAGGAGUGUGAAAGGGGAUUGGCACUUGAGAAUCCAAUUGAUCCAGCUAAAGAAAGUUUGCAGGAUGAGAGCCAGCAGAAACAAUCCACUUCUGAUGCACGUAUUACUCAUGUGCAGAGUGAGCUUAGGUCACUUAUUCAGAAAUCUAACAUAGCUUCGAUAUCGACUUGGAUGAAGAACCUUGGGACUGGGGAAGAUAAGUUCAGGUUGAUUCCGAUAAGAAGAGUAUCAGAAGAUCCAAUGGAGGUGAGACUGGUGUCAGCCAGGCGACCCAAUGAAAUUAAGAAAGCGACAAAGACACCUGAAGAAAGAAGGAAGGAGAUUGAAGUCCGCGUGGCAGCUGCAAGACUUCUUCAACAAAAGUCAGAGUCUCCUCAGUUGCAAAGUGAUGAUAGCAAGGGUAUUGUUUCAUCCUCCGUGUCCACUCAAAGGACAGGGGAGCGUCGCAGGUCUUCGAUGGUAAGGAAAAAUGCUUCUUCUGCUGAGAGAAAAGAUUCGGUAAAGUCAUACUGGAAUUCCAUGGGACUAGAUUUAAAAAAAGAUCUACUCGUAGUUAGGAUCUCGGGUUUGAAGGCUUACUUCAGUGCAUUUAAGGAUACUUAUGGGAUUGAUAUCAUAUCUGAAGCUAUUGCUUUUGCUGAAGCAAAUAGGACAUGGAAGUUUUGGAUGUGCAGCCGUUGCAAUGAAAAGUUCUCAGACCCCGAAUCACAUGCACAACAUGUUGUGCAGGAACACUUGGGGAACCUUAUGCCCAAGAUGCAGUCAGUUAUACCUGCUAAUGUUGAUAGUGAGUGGAUUGAGAUGCUCCUGAAUUGUUCUUGGAAGCCAUUAGACAUUAAUGCUGCAGCCAAGAUGGUUGAUAACUGUUCUACUGAGCUUGUAGAUGAAUCAUUGCCGAAAAUUGAGAAUCUAGGGCAUAAGGAUAGCAUGAUCAGUAAUGACUAUGGAUUAGACGAUGCUUUAAUAUCGUCCCCUAGAAUAGAAAAAAGUGGAGAUAGUUGCAAUGGUAAAAUUGAUGCUGACGAUAAAAUACAUGGUAAGUUUCCAGGUCUUGUCUGGAGGGGAAGUCCUGGUAAUAAGACUUUCAAAGCUUUCCCCCUUUCCCACAACUGGACAUUAUCUGAUGAUUCUGAAAGGGGAAAACUUCUUGAGAAAAUUUUCUCUCUAUUCCAGGUUCUUAUUAAGCAUAAAUGCCUUGCUGGAAGUCAUUUGACCAAGAUAAUACAAUUUGCAGUAGAUGAACUGCAGACUCUUGCAUCAGGUUCUCUGCUCCUUGACUAUGGCAUUGAUCAGACACCUAAUUGCAUGUGCUUUCUGGGAGCUUCUGAGCUUAAGAAAGUCUGUAAGUUCUUGCAAGAUUUGUCUAAUUCUUGUGGAGUAGGUAGGUAUCCUGAAAAUAAUAACAAUGUUGAUGAUUCAAGCAGCCACAAUCAGGCUGCUGAAAUCUUGGAAAAGGUGACUCUUAGUGAAGAUGCGUCUUGUCUACAUUUGAAUGAGUACUUCUUGCCAUGCAAACAGGCAUCAGUUUCCAGCAUUGAUGAUGCAGCUUCUCAUGAUAAUAACUGGGACAAUCUGGUCUUACUUGAUGACGAUGCUCUGCUAUCAUGGAUAUUCACAGGUCCUACAAGUAGUGAACAAUUGGCUUCAUGGACGCACAUGAAGAAAGAUAAAGUGCAUCAAGGAAUGGACAUUCUCCAAACACUUGAAAAGGAAUUUUACAACUUGCAAAGAAUGUGUGAGACUAAGAUUGAGCAUUUGAGCUAUGAAGAAGCAUUGCAGGCUGUGGAGGAUCAUUGUCUUGAAGAAGGAAAGAGAAGGGAGCGUGUUAAAGAAUUUGUGCAACAAAGCUAUGAAUAUAUCUUAAGGAAGCGUCGGGAGGAGCUUAUGGAGUUUGACAAUGAUAUGUAUAUGAGCACCACUAGAUUUGAGGUAGAAGCUAUAUCAAACAUUGUAAAAGAAGCAGAGACUCUAAAUGGCAAUCAGUUUGGAUUUGAGGAGCCAUAUACUAGUGCAACUUCUCAUCUAUGUGAUUUGGAAUCUGGUGAAGAUGAUAAUUGGAGAACAAAGGACUAUUACCAUCAAACAGACUCAUGCAUAGAAGUUGCAAUCCAAAGGCAGAAAGAUCAGGUGUCCACAGAGAUUAACAAACUCGAUUCCAGAAUCUUGCGUUCUGUUAAUGGGAUGCAGCAGUUUGAGGUCAAGCUUGAGCCUGUAUCUUCCCAUGACUACCGAUCAGUUCUAGUUCCUCUUGUGAAGUCAUAUCUAAGGGCUUACUUGGAAGAUAUGGCCGAAAAAUAUGCUACUGAGAAGUCUGAUGCUGCCAGAGAAGCAUUUUUGGCAGAACUCGCGGAGGACUCAAAAAAGGGUUCUGAAGGAGGGGGUGACAAUUCAAAGCACAUACAUGAAAAGAUAAAGGAUAAAAAGAGAAACAAGGAACAUAGAAAAACCAAGGACAUGAAGGUUGCAAUUGUUAAUGGGCCUAUAUUACUCCCUGAUGAUGAGAUUGUUGAAGACAAUGGUUUUGAACUGGAGAUUAAUAAUGAUCUUCUUAAAAAGGAAGAGGAGGACUUUAAGCGAAAAAUCGAGCUUGAAGCUGAGGAACGGAAACUUGAGGAAACUCUGGAAUAUCAAAGAAGAAUAGAAGACGAGGCUAAGCAAAAACACCUUGCUAAACAGCAUAUGAAAUUAAAAACUGUUGUAUCAGGACCACUCACUGGUGAUGAUCAAUCCAUGAUUGAUCCAUUAAGUAAGCAGGAAAAUGGAUUUCCAGAUGAUUUUGUUCAUACCACUAUCAAUUCUGUUGAUAAGACCAUGCCAAGGAUAGGUAAUUCCCAAAGCAGCCUUCAUAUGAAGGACAAUCAAGAUAGGGCGGUGGAAGUGAUUGAUAACAAUGGCAGUUUGCUUCAUACAAAUGCUAAGCAAGGCUUGCCUAAUGGUGAUGUUUUAGAAGCUGGUCUUUCACAUUCUGAUCAUCCUAUGAAAAGUGAUCAGAGGAUAGGAAGGAGAGGUAGGCGGCACAAGAGUUCUGCAAAGUUGGCAGACACAAAGUUCCAAGAAUUGUCUUCUGACAAGGAAAACAUUGAAGUUGGACUUGUUCGAACCAUGGAUAGUCAGCGUAGUGAUGGAGAUCUUCCUUCCAUGGGAGACAAUGCAAGAAAGACUUUGCGAGAGCUAAAAGCUGAGGAAGAUGAUGAAGAACGGUUCCAAGCUGACCUUAAAAGGGCUGUACGCCAAAGCCUUGAUGCAUUUCAUGCCAACCAGAAGUUUCCCUUGGCAGACAGUUCAAGAAUGUUCCAGGACACACUGUCAUCUAAGGUGGAGGUCACAGAUGAUUCAUCUAAGAAUGCCACAACUGGAGAUGGUGAGAUUGAUGUUUUUGGUACAGGUCUGAAGAAUGAAGUUGGGGAAUAUAACUGUUUCCUAAAUGUCAUCAUACAGUCGAUGUGGCAUCUAAGACUGUUUCGAGAUGAAUUUUUGAGGCGGUCUACAUCAGGGCAUAUACAUGUGGGAGAUCCUUGUGUUACCUGUGCACUGUAUGAUAUCUUCCUUGCUUUGAGUAGGGCAUCCACAGAAAUGAAAAGAGAAGCGAUUGCCCCUACUUCUCUGAGGACUGCUCUGAGCAACCUUUAUCCAGAUAGUAAUUUCUUUCAGGAGGCUCAGAUGAACGAUGCUUCUGAAGUCCUGGGAGUGAUUUUUAAUUGCCUUCAUCAAUCAUUUAAGCCUGCUAAUUCUCAAGGCAAUUCCAAUAUGGAGUCAAUGGAAAGAGAUUGCAAAGGAUCUUGGGAUUGCACAAACUCUGGCUGUAUGGCACAUUCUCUUUUUGGGAUGGACAUCUUCGAAAGGAUGAAUUGCUACAAUUGUGGUUUGGAGUCUCGACACAUGAAGUAUACAUCUUUCUUCCAUAAUAUAAAUGCCAGUGCCCUUCGAACAAUGAAGGUGAUGUCUGCUGAAAGCUCUUUCGAUGAGCUUCUGAACUUGGUUGAGAUGAAUCACCAACUAGCUUGUGAUCCAGAUGUUGGUGGCUGUGGAAAGCUUAACCAUAUCCAUCAUAUCCUCUCUUCUUCACCACAUAUUUUUAUAACAGUUUUAGGAUGGCAGAAUACAUGUGAGAGCAUUGAGGACAUUACAGCAACUUUGUCUUCCCUAGCAACCGAAAUUGACAUAGGUAUUCCUUACCGUGGUCUUGAUCCAAAGAACAAGCAUCGAUUGGUCUCAGUGGUUUGCUAUUAUGGGCAACAUUACCAUUGCUUUGCGUACAGUCAUGAUCAUGAACAAUGGGUGAUGUAUGAUGAUAAAACUGUCAAGGUAAUUGGCGGUUGGGGUGAUGUUUUGAUUAUGUGUGAGAGAGGACAUUUGCAACCGCAGGUUCUUUUCUUUGAAGCUGUAAACUAGUUCUUUCAAUCGGUAAUUACAUUGUUUGUUGGUUCCAAAAACCUCUGGAGAUCACAUACAUAUUUUAUACCUAGCCAGCCCACAUCUGUCUCAUAUAUAAAUGGGGGUAUUUUUUUUCGUUUUUUUUUUUGUUAAAAGGAAGUUUUGGUAGAGGAACAGAAUAUGAACAAAGACUACAGAGAAAGAAGUUGUUUAAUGGAGCAACUGAACUCAUAAUUUCA